GCGGCUGCCUGUGUGCCGGAGAACUGAGCUGCGGUGUGGGCGCUGGACGCGCAUUCAGGCUGGCCAGGUUACCGCCCGGGGAUUGCGGCUCUUCUGGUCGAGCGAUGUCCGCACUUCCCCACUCUUCAGCGGGCGGCAUCCGCGGCCCGUACUACUGCGAGCUCUGCCGGCUGGGCUGCACGGGGCCAGCGCCCUGGACACAGCACCUACACAGCGCCAAACAUUUGAAGAUGGCAGCGCAAAGCCCAGAUCGAAGAGGACACCCUGCGCCUGGACCAAUCGUGCACUCAGACUUGCCAGCCGCGUUUUAUUCGGUUGGUAGUUUCACCAGUAAAAACAUCUACUGCGAGGUUUGUCAGCUGUCCUGCUCCAGUUCUGCUCCUUAUAAACAACACCUAGAGAGUGUCAAGCAUAUCAAGACGGCUGCGCGGUUUAAGCGAUCGUCACAAUAUAUCUCUGAGGACGAUGGAGAUGGAGUCAUCCCGCCGGCUAAAUGUCGGCGACGCUCGUCCCCGGGUGUGGGUCGGGUGCUGCAAAACGCCGUCUACUCGCAGUCGCCUGAGCCUCCAUCCUCUCCUACGAUCGCCUCUGAAGACAUCUACUGUGAGGUUUGCCGGCUCUCCUGCUCCGGCCCCGCUCCGUAUAAACAACACCUGGACAGUGCCAAGCACAUCAAGAAGAUCAUGCAGUUCGGAUGUUCUUUACGAGAGGUCAUCAGUGACAGUGAGAGUGGCAUAACGUCAUCGGAUGAAUAUUCCACGCGCCCCACUGCAAGUGUGGAUCAGGUGCUGCAGUCGGUAGUCACCAGUGACUCACCACAGUCGUUGCAUUUUGCCUCGAACGCCCCCUACUUCUGUGAACUCUGUCAGCUGUCUUGCACGGGACCAGCUCCCUACAAACAACACCUGAAUAGCGCCAAACACAUCAAGAUGGCGGUCUCUAGGAGCAUGUUGCAAAGGUCCUCAGCCGCAUCGCCCCGUGCUUCGCCAUCACCUGGCCUGGACCAGGACCCGGCUGGGCUGGCCUCGCCCCGGCACCUGUGCUCGAGGAGCUCCUGGUCGCCGACCUCUUCCGUGCCGGGUGGGCUCGCGUCGUCCCCCGGCGCGUCCCUGCCGUCGUCCGGCGCUGCCGUUUACUUGCAAUCACCCGAGCCUCCGUUCUCUCCUAUGAUGGGGCCUGGACACGACUAUUUCUGUAAAGUUUGUCGGGUGUCCUGCUCCGGUCCUGCUCCUUUUAAACAGCACCUGGAGAGUGUCAAACACAUCAAGAUGGCCGCGCAUUGCGAGCACCAGCCACCAGAGGUCGCCGAAAAUGUUGAUGGUAGCAUCACGUUGGCGGAUGCGGAUCCACCGCGGUAAGGAAAGUAGGCAAUGUAGUGGUGCCACGAGGCCUGGUCCGAAAUCGGACAUUGAGGGGAUGUGUAUUGAAAACCUCUGAGCUGGUGUUAAAGACAUUGAGGGCCAUGUGUACUGAAAGCUCCGAGCUGGUGUUAAACUUUGAACCAUUGUGUGCUCAUUGAGUCGACGCCUUUGUUGGAUUGCUAUUGAAACUUGCUUUACUUGCACGUCGCCUUACACCGUUUGUUUUGUGUUUAAGGUAGCUAGAUUUUCCGCGACGUGGCGUGGGUAUGCAGGUUCAUCUGUGGGGCGAUGCGCGAGUUGUGAUGGGUCGGCUCGGCCAAUCACCCCCUAGGCCUCCGGUCCUGGCGCAGAGACGUCAUCAUUGGCCGCUGUUCGUUUCUGAUUCAGUCUCCGUGGAAAACAGUCUCUGUGGAAAAAGUUUGUGAGAGCAUUGGAAAACUUCCCCACAAAUGUGAUAACCUUUCCGUCCGUCAAGAUGCUUCAUGAUAAGAGCGAAACAUUUCGCCGUGCUUUUAAUGCAAGGCAGACGCGUGGUCUUAAGAGCCCUAAGCUCAGAUGAGCCGUUUGAACGGCUCAUGGGCUGGAAACAUGGGUUCCAAUCAUGCGGGAGAGAGAGAGAAAAAAAAGAAAGAAAGAAAGAAAGAAAGAAAGAGAGGGAGUGCAGUACCCAGAAGGCAUGACUCUACAUUGAAUUGUUUUUUCUCUCU